GUUACGACCGAUACUACAAUAAAUACAUCAAUGUCAGGAAAGGGGGCCUUGGUGGCAUCUCCAUGGUGCUUGCUGGUUAUGUUGUUGUCAGCUACAUCUGGAGCUACAGUCACCUGAAGCACGACCGCCACAGGAAGUACCACUGAAGCGUGAAUUUCAGAAAGUGAAGGUACAGCUCUUGAACAGACUUGGCUACUGGAACAAUUAUCCUGACAGAAUACAUCAGAACUAUUCAUAUUAAGAUCUG